AUGAUGUCGUCAGCGUCAACAGUAUCGCCAGCAACGGCCGCGCGCUGCCCCUUCACUGGCCGACUAGCGGCCGUCGCAACCAUGGUAACGGGUACUAUCAUGCUCGUGACAAACCGCUAUAGUGAUACAGCUGGAAAACGAUGCGUUGGCACUUCCACAUCACUGCCGCGUUCAUUCUCACACUCCGCUUCCCAUUUUCAUUCCUCCACGCGCUCCGCAUCCAUAUCGAGCCGCUGUCACGUGUGGUCGCCGCAGCGGUUUCCCUGCACGCAUCCCCGACCCUCAGCCGACGCCAUUCCCCUUCCCGUGCACCGUAUCCAGGCGGAGUCGCUCUCACGCGAAGAUACCGAAGCGGUUUCCCUUGUACGCAUCCCGGAUCCUCACCCGGCGAGUAGCUCUCACGCGAAGACGCCGCAGCGGACGCCCCGGUUCCCACUUCGGGCCCUCAUCCAUGAACCAUGCAUGAUUCGACUCAAAGCCAUUCCCUUUCCUCGCACGUUCCGCAUCCAGGGCGAGUCGCUUUCACGCGAAGAUACCGAAGCGGAUCUCCCGGUACCCAUCCCGGGUCCCCACCCGUGGGACAUUGUGGGCAACGUGCGCGAUCUGAGCGCUAUCGCGCUGCGCGGGAUCGAGGAGGCGACGCUGCUGUACGGGCGCAAGUACGGCCCGAUCUGCCGGUUCGCCAACGGCGUGAGCGCGUGGACGUUUGUGAACGACGCGGACAUCAUCGCGCACAUCUGCAGCACCAACUCCAAAAACUACUCGCGCAGAUUCCUGCCUGUCACAGCGUGUUUCUCGAAUCAAUGCACUCCUUUCUGCCGCCUGCCCGUCCUCCCUUCCCCCCUCCCCCCCUCCCUUUCACACGGCGUGCGCCUCCCCUCUCCCCAGGCGGUGUACGAGUACGUGACGCACGGCAAGGGCAUUCUGGGGUCGCAGGGGGAGUACAACCGCGCGCACCGGCGCAUGUGCCAGCCGCCCUUCAUGCGCCCCAACCUGCUCGACGCCUUCUCCGAUACCAUCCAGUCGCAGCUAGACAAGCUCAUCACCAUGUGGCGCCAUCAAGCCACCACAGACGAUGGCUCGCCCCUUCCCAACGUCGUCCUGGACGGCAAUCUAGCGGUCCAGAUCCAACGCUUCACUCUAGAUAUCAUCGGAGCCGUCGCUUUCUCCAAGGACUUCGGGCAGCUGGACCGCAUCCGAGCCGACCCGGCAGGCUCGGCGACCGAGGCGGACGCCGGAGCUGACGAGCUGCUAGGCGCGGUGAACGAGUCGCAGCAGCUGAUGGCAAACGUGUUCAUCACGCCACUGCCGGUGCUGCAGCUGCUGCGGAAGCUUGGGGAACCGGGGAUGCUGCGGUUGGAUGCGGCAAUGAAGGCUAUGGAGAAGGUUAUGAUGGGUGUGAUUGAGGAGCGGAGAGAGCAGUGGCGCGCGACGGGGGACGCGGGGGAUGAUCUGCUGGGAGUGCUGCUAGGCGCCACGGACGAGCGGGGGCGGCCGCUGCAGGACGAGGAGUUGUGGGAGGACGUGCAUGACGUGAUGGGCGCGGGGCACGAGACCACGGCCACCACCAUCACGGCGGCGCUCUUCCUCAUCUCGCAGCACCCUGAAGCCAAGGCCAAGGUGCACGAGGAGUUAAGGGCACUGAACGGUCGCAUGCCCUCGUUCCAAGACGUCAACAGCGGCCGCCUGGCAUACACACAGAUGGCCGUCAAGGAGACCCUCCGCAUGUACCCGCCCAUCCCCCUCUUCCCACGGGAGGUCGCCCACACCGACCGCUUGCCUGGGGGCUAUGAGCUUCCUGGAGGAGAUGUCGUAUUCAUGUCCACCUAUGCCAUGGGGCGCAACCCUGUCUACUGGCCCGAGCCCCUUUCUUUCAGACCGGAGCGCUUCACCCCUGAGGCAGAGGCAGCGCGCCCGCGCUUUGCAUGGGUGCCCUUCGGGGCGGGCCCGCGCAUGUGCCUGGGCGCCAACUUUGCUGUGCUGGCUGUCACUCAAGUCGUCGCCACUCUGCUGCAGAAUGUUGUUUCGCGAACUCGUGUUCGCGCUGACCUCAGCAAACCUCUCCCGGAGUCUCGCGACAUCUCUGAAGACCACAGGGGGUUCUGCAGCUUGCGAAAUCAGUCGACAGGCACAGAAGCACAUUGCGGGUCGCGUUUCGACAUAGUCGCUAGAAUGUACUCGCGCAACGCUGGGAGCGCAGAGUCAGUGCCGAAUGCGGAGGUGGAACCCGGAGGUGAAAGCGGUGUUAGCAGCAGCGGCAACCACACAAGAGAACGAUGCUCGGAGUCAGCCUCGGGCGAAAUCCCGGCGGCAAUCGCGGUCGGGGGAGGCCCAUGGGGCGCAGUAGGCGACACUGGCGGAAUGGGCUCGGGGGGAGGCGCAGGGGGAAGGGGAACUAGUCCAGCAGUGACAGCGGGACUAGGCGGAACGCAGGCGAUGCCUCCGCAUCUGGAUUUGCGCGGGGCUGCGAUUCAGACGUUUCCGCGGGACGCUGCAGGCGCGCAGACGACCAUCGUGCUUCCUAAUCAACGGUCGGAUGUGCUUCACUUCGCGCUUGACAUCGGAGUUGACAGGCGAGCUUCCUUUUCUGGAGGAGGGGGUUCCUUCCGGUCGGGCGGCGGCGGUCGUCUGCACUUUGUCAAAUUUGAGACGUCGAGAAUCGGAGAGUGCAUUGAGUUCAUCAAAUCUAAGAGGCUUCACAGCUUUGAUAUUCUGGGAAUGGGUGGAGACGAAGAGAGCCUAUGGGGCUACGGAGCUAGCUCGCCUCGCAUCAAGGCCACAGGGGGCGGGGCAUUCAAGUACGCGGAUCUAUUCAAGGAGAAGCUGGGCGUGGUGUUGGACAAGGAGGAUGAGAUGCGCUGCCUCGUGCUCGGCCUCAACUUCCUCCUGCGCUCCAUCCGAGACGAGGCAUUCACGCACCUGGAGGGCGAGAAGCAGUUUGUGGAGAUGCACAGCGAAAACAUCUUCCCUUACCUCCUCGUCAACAUUGGCUCGGGUGUCAGCAUUCUCAAGGUGUGUAAGCAACUGUUCCCGUGUUACCAUGUUACACUGGGCUCUGUUUUCACGAUGCCCUGUGAAACCAUUCUCCCGUACCUCCUCCUCAUCAUCAUCUGCUCCAGUGUCAGGUUUCUCAAGGUUCCUCAUUCUGAUUCCCAGACUCUUCAUUGCAAGAUUGGCCUAUCAGCAGCUACCAUCGCCUCUAGCUUUGGGCGAGUGGUGGGGGAGCAGAAGCAACUGUUUGAUUACCGCCCGGAGGACAUAGCGCUGUCGCUGCUGCGCAUGGUGUCGUACAACAUCGGCCAGAUCGCCUACCUCAACGCCCUGCGCUACAACCUCAAGCGCAUCUUCUUUGGCGGGUUCUUCAUCCGCGGGCAUGCCUACACCAUGGAUACCAUCUCCUUUGCCAUCAAGUUCUGGGCGGCGCCUGUGCUCAAGGUGGCUCCCUGCGCUACAACCUCAAGCGCAUCGUCUUUGGCGGGUUCUUCAUCCGCGGCCGCGGGCAUGCGUAUACGAUGGAUACCAUCUCCUUCGCCAUCAAGUUCUGGUAGCGCAUCUUCUUUGGCGGGUUCUUCAUCCGCGGGCAUGCGUAUACGAUGGACACCAUCUCCUUUGCCAUCAAGUUCUGGUGGGUGCAGUGUUCUUGGUGGUGGUGGCGCUUUUAGUGAGGAACUGUCCAAGGGUGAGAUGGAGGCCACCUUUCUGCGGCACGAGGGCUAUUUGGGCGCAUUGGGCGCCUUUCUAGCACACGAGGAGGAUGCUCACGCAGAGGGCCGCGCCCUCUCCCUCACCCCCGGCAUCACGUCGCUGUCGUCCCUCACGCCGUCGCAGCUGGUGGAGCGCUUCCCCAUGGGCGCGCCCUUUUCUAAGGGGGAGAUCCGAGGGCCUGUGAUUCGUGGGCUCAAGGAGAAGGUCUCCUGGGUGGAGAAGUUCGUGCAGGUGGGAAUGGGGCAGGCGAGAGGGGAAUAG